AUGAGCAGCAGACACGGCGUAAGUCGCGAAGCGGCCAAGACCAUUUCGGCAUGUCUUACGUGCAGACGGAAGAAGGUAAAGUGCUCCGGCGAGGCGCCGUGCACGUAUUGCAGCAAGCGGGAUCUGGAGUGUCAGUUCCCCGAACCGGGCAAGAAGCGGGUCUAUUCUGUUACGAGGAUUCAAGAUCUCCAGGAGAGGCUGGCGCGGUAUGAAGGCCAGGGGUUCAGUCUCGGACCGACGCUAUACCGGCCAUCGACGAGGGCAACGGCGCAGACACCCACGGAUAACGCCACGCAGGUAAAUGCUGCCUCGACGCUUCUGGGAUUAGCCCUAGAUCAACUCACGUCACCGACGCCGACCAAUCCAACAUCUGGAGUCCAUGGUAAUAACCACGUUGCAUCAUCUCCUGGCUCCGCCAUCGCGGCCGACUCGUCGCUGAGCUCAAGCCACACCUUUGGCUCACGACUGCAAAACCUCUUGGAGCAUCCGCGUCUAGGCCGCCGAGAACCAAUGCAACCACCCGCCCGCUCCCUCUCCCAAACGACGACCCUAAAGCCCCUCGACGAUGGCCCCGCCAGCGUUGGAGGCAUCACCCUGCCCUCGGAAGACGAAGCCCGCCGUCUCUUCGAGAGCAUGACCUUCUUCAUCGGGUAUACACAGCACCACAUCGACACGCGCGAGUUCUCGGACCGCCUCGCCUUCUUCUACGCGAACCUGGGUGAUACAUCACAGGCUAUAUCACAGGUGCAGAUGCCGUGGUAUCUAGAGAUGCUACUUGUUUUUGCCAUUGGAAAGCUGUUCUCGGGCGGCUUCGACGGGGAGGAGAAGGGCGGGGGCUCGCCGGUUCCCGGGGCGAGCAUGUUUGCGCACGUGCAGGCUCGGUUGCCGAGCUUGAGCGAGCUGUACGGGCUGGGCAAACUGGGGAUCGAGAUUCAUGCUUUGGCGGCGGUGUAUUUGCAGAAUGCGAAUCGGAAAGAGGAGGCAUAUCUUUAUUCGGAGAAGGUGCAUUUGAACCGUCUCUGGUGGACUGUGUAUAUGCAAGAGAGACGACUGGCGGCAGCAACUGGCAACCCUGCCGGGAUUCUGGACGAUGUUAUCGAAAUCGAUAUGCCGACAGACUCCCCAGGUUUCCCACCGGCGCUUCCUCUGCGAACCAAUAUUAAAAUCGCAAAGGUUACCGGAAGAAUCCUAUCAAGGAACCGCCCGGAAGAGACGUUCGUUCCAAACGUGCAAGAAAUUGUCCAGUCGUUAUACUGGAUUGCCAAGGAGAUCCCGGGCGAGUUCUCGCCCAAGCUGUCUGAUAUGCCAUCCAUGGAAGGAGACGUCUCUUUGAGAACAUCGGCGUAUCUCCACAUGAUGCUAUACCAGGCGAUUCUCUUGACGAUACGGCCUGUGAUGCUCCACGUCUCGAAACUGAUCUUUGACGAGGAAAGUGGAGGAAGUCUAAGCUUGGGGUCCUCGCCACUUGGGAGAUUGAGUCGAACGUGUUCAGAAGCGGCCCGUCGACUGUUGGAGGUCCUGAUGCUGUUACGGAAGAGGAACAUCCUAACAACCUUUGGCUUCUUCGAUCUCGACGCCAUCUUUUCGGCUGCUUUCAUCAUGAUCCUAACGAUGACGAUCGACUCGACCUGCGAGGAGAGCCAGAAAUUGGCACCCAGCCCAGGAUUAUCAGAGGCACUAGAGAUACUCGAUUACCUGGUAGGCCGCGGCAAUGAGUUCGCGCUCCAGCGAGCUCGAGAAGUCAGGCGAAUGCGAGACCAUCUGUCGACGUUGCUGGACAUUCCCAAGAACAGCCCAAGCGAGUUUCGUUCACAUCCCCCAGUGGCUACAGGGUCAGGGCCCAGCGGUGGGCAGCAGUCGCCCGCAACGAUGGCGGUGUCUACGUCGUCAGAGGAUAAAGGUGCCGGUGAGGAUGCCAGAGCACGUCAGCAGAGCUUCAGAGAUAUGACGAUGCGGGGUUCGGUCGAGAGAGGGGGCCUGACGCCGUCGGGGAGUAGCAGGGCGAGCCAACUGGGAUCGCGGAGUCUGCUGGACUCGAGUUUGUGGAACGAUAUCUCGUAUCUUUGGAUGCAGCCCGCCCCAGGAGCCGAGGAUGCACAGGCGUUUGAGGAAGCGGAAGGGAUGGCUGAUUUGUUGCCCGAAGAUGCGUAUAAUUGGAACUCGAUCUACCACAACCAGGAUCUAGCCCUGACUGGUCAAGAUCUUGGGGAUUUUGGAGAGUUGGAGAGACACAUUCUAGGGUUUGGCGGAUGA